CUCUCCCCACCGGCUAACCCUAGCAGCGGCACGCGGGCGACGGCGACCAGUAGAGGGCUAGUCGCGCCACCGGCGAAGGGAUUCAGCGGUCUACCCGUCCUCCGACACAGGCGCGGCGGCGUCCUGCAGAUUAUUAUUGGUUUGUUGCAAAAUGUCUACGGAAGCGACUUUGAACAAUUCUGGUGGUUCUGAAUCUGCAUUGCUGUUACUGGAACAGCUUGCUGAAGUUUUUGGAAAGUUAAAAACUCACACCGAAACAUUUCUGCAUUUGCAAAAUGGCAUAAAAUGGGAAGAUAUUGAAGGGCAUUUCCUCAGCCUUGAUGAGUCGUACAGAAGCAAGUUUGAUGAACUGGUAGAGAAGGAGAAGGCAUUAGAAGAAAAGAAAGCUGAAGCUUGUAGGUUGAUUGCAGAGAAAGAGGCUAAAGUUUCUACAAAAGAGCAUGCCUCACUGAAUCAGCUUCAGGAGCUAAGGGAUGCUGCUGUCUCUUCUCUAGCAGAGGUUCGACAAAAAUAUAAGGUGGAGCUUGCUGAGAUACUUGAAGCAAGUGGAAGCAAAGACAAAAAGGUAAGUACCUCAAUCAAUGACAACAAUGCAUCUCGUGCUUCAGAGGAGAAUACCCCUGCUAGUGGGUCGGGUGAGGCAUCUGAAGCUUUACCUGUUGAGACUAAGCCGCGCCCUGUAUUGAAGCAACUUUGUGAACAGAUGGACACCAAAGGCCUUCUGAAAUUUCUUUCAGAAAACUGUAGAAAACUUGCUAGCUUUCGUGAUGAACUUUCUGUUGCACUAAAAUGUGCAACUGAUCCUGCACGCUUCGUACUUAAUUCCCUGGAGGGUUUCUUCCCACCAGACCAAACUAAUUCACCUGGGAGUAAACAUAAUGCCCUUGAGGUCCAGCGCAAGAGCUGCAUUCUUUUAAUGGAAGCUAUAGCACCUGCACUAGGGAUGAAGGAGCCUGGUGGCGACGACCCUUGGAGCUCUGAAAUUAAGGAGCAAGCCAAGGAAAUUGCCGAAGAGUGGAAGAGUAAGUUAGCUGAGAUUGACCUGGAUGCUUCUAAUGGCUAUUCAUUGGAGGCACAGGCUUUCCUGCAGCUUCUUACAACUUUUAAUGUUGAUUCGGUGCUUGACGAAGAUGAACUAUGCAAGAUCGUAGUUGCUGUCUCUCGUCGCAAGCAGACUGCUGUAUCCUGUCGCUCUCUUGGUCUUAAUGAGAAAGUACCAGGUAUCAUUGAGGAGUUGGUUAAGCGGCACAGGCAAAUUGAUGCAGUUCAUUUCAUACAAGCUUUUGGGCUUUCGGAGACAUUCCCCCCUGCACCUCUGCUGAAGACAUAUGUUGAGGAACAAAAGGAUACAAUUGAAAAUAAUGGCGAUGCAACUGCGAUCUCAUUAACGGAUGACCCCAAAUCUAGGGAGCUAAUUGCUUUGAGGGCUGUGAUUAAGUGUAUCGAAGAGCAUAAGCUUCAGAAGGAGUGUUCACUUGGACCUCUCCAGAAGCGUGUUUCUGAGCUGAAGCCCAAGGGUGAGAAAAGGCCAUCAAGUGAUGCUGGGCGUACUUAUGCAAAGAAGCCUCGAGGCCCUGGCAUUUCAUUUCCUAGGAGACCUGCCGGUUCUGUUGGUUCAGCUGCUCGCAGGCCUCCAUUUCCGGGCUAUACCUGGCAGCGUGCUCCUGCGCCGAUGCCCUCCCGUGGUCCUGCUCCAGUGCCCUCCCGUGCCCCUCUUCCUGCCCCUCUUCCUGAUAGAUAUGGAGCUGCUGACCGGUACCAUUACACACCACCAGCCCCAGCAUACGACUCUGGUGCAUUUUCGUCUUACAGUGAACCUUUCAGUGCCCCAAAACCAUUCCAGUACACUCCAGGGUCAGUGGCAGCAUCAUACAAUUCAAGCCCCUAUAAAGUCGCUUAUGGUGGCCCAGGAGCACCAGUCAGAAGCACCUAUCCAGGUUAUGCCAGCGCAUCUGGGCCGGCUGCUUCCAGCAGCUAUGCAAAUUAUAUGGGAUCCGUAUAUCGCCCUCCCCAGCAACCAUAGAUUCGACUCCUCCCUCAAAAAAUGUUGUGCUGGUGAUGCAAGACAUGGAAACCAGUCCCUCCCAUCCAACUCCCAUGGCGGAGAUGUAAACUUGAGCUAUUUUCUUGUUUCAUCGUCCACAACAGUGGGGUUUGGAGGUGUAUACUGAUGCUCUCAUGUCCAGCUACAUCUACAAUGUACCUUGCACUCUUGUUUGCUUUUAGCUGUGCUUAUUCCUGAGUCGUUGAAUGUUUU